UGCAAUUAUGAUAAAAACCGUAAAGCAAUGCGUGAGGCAGAUGGUGGCAAAAUGAAGUUGGAUUCAAGUCGCAAACUGAUUCUGUUCCGAAGUACAUUUGAUGAAGUUUUUCGGGACCUGGAGAAUGAUCUCAAGACGCAGUUACCAGAUCUCGCAACUGAUGCAGACGAUUUUUUUAGGGUUUUUACGAUAUUUUGGGUGCUAUCAAUGUACGACAUCUACGUCCCAAAAGCAACGUACGAGCGGGAAUUGCAGCGUGUUCGAAAAUCCCUAGCCUCUCUUACUGAAAAUGCAGAUAUGAGUAAAACGAGAAAAGCGAAAGAAGAAGAGCAGCUACGUGUUGUGGAGAAGAAACUAAGCGACGAACUGAGAAAGCAGAGUGACCACGUGGAACGCAUUCUGAGCAUACUUCGACAUGAUAAGGAGCUUCUUUUCGCCGACUGCAGUCCCAAACUACGCGGUACACAAAUGGCACGCUUCCUGCAGCACUGCAUUUUGCCACGUGCCGUUUUCACGGAUAUGGAUGCCGAAUAUUGCGCACAUUUCAUUCUUUUACUUCACCAACAACGUACCGGCUUCUUCCAGACUGUCUUCUUCUUUGAUAAGCGUUUUUAUUAG